AAAUUGACGUCACAGCCCAGCUAAACUCAGAGAGGGGCCUGAGGGGGUCAGUCUUUUGCUGCCAUUCGAGGGUCAACCUACGACUGUAGAGGAAUAAAAAAUACUAAAAAUGAGAGAUUUGGCAGCGUUGUUGCUGGUGGCUGCGCAAAUCCAAAGCGUCCAUCCUGUGAUCCACACGCUCAAGUACAUCUGUACGGCGUCGUCUCAAAUUCCAAACUUCCCAGAGUUCUUGGCUGUCGGUUAUGUUGACGGUGUUCAGAUUGAUCACUACGACAGCAAGAGCAGGAAAUUACGACCUACACAGGACUGGAUGAACAAAAUCACAGCCGAGGAUCCACACUACUGGGAGAGAGAGACACUGAUCAGUAUUGCUCAGGAGCAGGUCUCCAAAGUCGACAUUGAAAUUGCUAAAGAGAGCUUCAACCAAACUGGAGGUGUUCACAUGUUCCAGCGGUCGUAUGGCUGCGAAUGGGACGAUGAGACUGACGAGGUGGACGGAUGGGAACAGCACGCUUACGACGGAGAAGACUUUAUUUCGUUUGAUUUGAAGGGACUGAGGUAUAUCGCGGUCAAGCCGCAAGCUGUCGUCACCAAAAACAAGUGGGACCAAUUUGAUCUUCAACACCGGAAGCAUUACAUCACUGAGAUUUGCCCUUCUUACUUGAAGAAAUACGUGAGUUUUGGGAGGGACUUCCUCAUGAGAACAGUGCUUCCACGGAUCUCCCUGCUGCAGAAGACGUCGCGGUCGCCGGUGACCUGCCACGCCACGGGUUUCUACCCCAGGGAGGCCGCCCUGUUUUGGAGGAAGGACGGCGAGGAGCUCUUUGAGGACGUGGAGAUGGGCGAUACCCUUCCCAACCACGACGGAACCUUCCAGACCACCGCCGACCUCAAAGCGGUGGACGCCUACGGCAAGUACGAGUGCGUCUUCCAGCUGGCCGGCGUCCCGGAGGACGUCGUCACCCCGCUGGAUCCCGCCAACGUCCUGAGCAACGAGCGCAUACGAGGUCGUCAAAUAAUAGACGGUCUUUGAAGGCCGUAGAAACCGCUGAUCUCCCUCAAGAUGCGAAUGGACUGUGAAGACAAGACAGCAGUUUUGCACAAUUCAGCGUGACUUUCCCGAUUCAAUUCAAGCCAUUUUUUUUGCCCACACAAAUGUCAUUUUGAGUAAAAAAAAAAGUCACACAUGGAAAAUCAUCCCCUAAGAGAUCAGCCUCAUAACAUUUAUUUUUGCUCUUUUUAAUCUGACAAAUGAGUUUCUCAUUUCAUUUUUGGAAACACAACAAAAAAAAAAAAACAUGAUACACACUAGAUUGACAAAGUUUUACGGCUCUCAUUUGUGAAAAGUCAUGCAACUCCGUUGACAUCAAAAUUUACAAAUGGAUGAAACACGCACCAAGAACAGGUUUUUAUGUACAACUAAUAACAAGGCAACGGAAUCAAAUUCCUCCGGUUGUGUGUCGUUUUUCAACUGCUCACUAUCCUAUUCACCACCAAAAAGUUCUUUUGACCACAUGGAGUUGAGGUUCAUCCAAAACUUUUACCAGUAAUUUUCCUUUAAAUGUAAACGCAUAUCGCACUACAUUUCAUGAAAAUUAAUAAUGAAUUGUUGAACAGUAAUCUCAUUUCCAUUGCUAAAGAGAUUAUAGUCCACUCCUGAAACAUUUUAAAUACAAUUUAGAAAAUAUACACAUUGAGCAAAGUCAUGGAAAGCACUAAAAUAUUAUACAGCGUGGCGAUCCCUUCGAGUGCUCCACAGAACAUUGACCAAUGGGUGAACAGUCAUGAUUUUUGUAGUCAUCUGGAAAAAUCAAUUCAUAAUCAUGCCCAAAAUUGUAUUUUCAUGAAAUGAAUCUAAAAUUGUAAGCGUCAAAAGCAGAAUGCGUGAGAAUUUUUAACAUUCUGUUCGGUGGAAAUCGUCCAAAAAAAAGUACUUUGGCACCAUCAAGUGGCCAAGAGUGAAAUUAAAUUCAGAAUUAGUAUUUUGUUGUUGUUGUUGUUGUUUUAAGAGUUAAAAAAAAAAAAAAAAGGUAAAUGGUAAAUCAGUAAUACUCCUUGUAUCCACUAAGUUUUUGAAAAAAAUCUUUCACUGCCACUGACUGUGAUAGACGUCCAAAUGACAGUAAAGCCAUUAUGAUUCAGAUUCAAUUUGCCAGAUUUUAGGCAUUUUCAGGUCACAAAAUUUUUUGGACAAUUCCUGUUAUCUCUUUAUCUCUCUAAUUAUGAAUACACCUUCAAAAAAGAUGCACAUUGAGCAAAGUCAUGGAAAGCACUAAAAUAUUAUACAGUGUGGCAAUCCCUUCGAGUAUUCCACAAAACAUUGGUGAACCGGAAUGAUUUUUUUUUUUUUGUAGUCAUCUGGAA